AUGUUGAUGAAACUUUCGCCGGUCGUCAGUAUGUCAGAACCACGUGCAACCAAUGAGGAGGAGCGGACGGACGGACAGACGGAAGUACAUCAAAUACAAGUCACGGAUAAAAGCUCUGUCAAAGAAAAUGAGCUUCGAGAGAUGUUUGACGCCAUUGAUAUAGACAAAGAUGGACGAUUGUCUGUAGAGGAACUCAUUAAAUGGCACCACAGUGUCGGACUCAACCCGACACAGGAAGAGGUUCAAACUUUACUGGCCGAGUGUGAUGCUGACGGGUCCACAUAUAUCGAGUUUGACGAAUACAAAGACAAGUUGAAGACCAGAAUGGACGCGGCUGUGAAUGAAAGGGACGCUUUAAUGGACGCCUUCCGGACGCUUGACAAAAAAGGCGACGGGACUGUUUCGUACCGUACUCUUCGGACGGUAUUAUCAGGGACUGGUGAUGUUCUCGAAGAAGAAUUACAGGACGAGAUCUUUCAAGAUAUGGAUGUGAAGAAAGAUGGUAUUAUAAUAUAUAAAGAUAUGGUUGGAAAGCUGUGCAGGACGUGA